ACAUGCUCAACCAUCAUGUCCAAUCAUGUCUGUGUGAACAGCGUCUUGUGGUGUUGAGUGUUGAUAAUUUAAUCCAAAAAGAACGAACAAUUUUCAGCCAACCAGCUAGGAUUUAAAUUCAAAUCAAAAACAAAACAUAAAUAAAUAUAAAACAAAAUAAUAAAUCAAUCAAUCAUUGAUGUACACUAAUCUAUUUUGAAUGUUAUUUUUUAAUUAUUUGUAAAAAUAAUUAUUAUAAUCAUGAACGUAGAAAAACCGGGUAGUCAAUCUGUUAACAGAUAUCGUAUGAUGAAAAAAAAAUUAACUGAUCUGGGGGUUUAUGAAAUUGGUAUGGGUCUUGAAGAAAUGACAUGCAUAGCUAAAGCUUGUGAUAUCGAUAUGUCAAAUGAUAAAUUUUCAACAAGUGCAACAGCUGGAUCAACAUCAUCACUUCCUAAAAAAGAUAGAUCAUAUUCGUAUAAAUUAGUUGGAGCAAUCAUGAAGAGAAAGCUAUCUGAACAUGGUAUGUAUGAAAAUAAAAUGACAACUGAGCAAAUGAAACAACUGCUUCAUAUAAAACGAGUUAAAAAAUUUGAAUCAACUGAAAAUACAAUUUACGAUCGUAUGUCAGAGAUAUUAAAAACAGGAAAAUUCAGUGAUGUUAUACUUGAUAUAAGAGGAACAGAAUUAAAAGCAUAUAAAAUGGCAUUAUCAGUACAGAGUCCAGUAUUUUUAGCAAUGUUUGAUAAUCAACAAAUGAAAGAAGCCAAAGAAAAUCGUGUUGUCAUUGAAGAUAUUGAUAUUGAAGUUGCUAAACAAAUGCUUGAAUUUGUAAAUACAAAUGAUAAACCAUCUGGUAUUGAUGAAUAUGCUCUUGAUUUAUUAUCAGUUGCACAUAAAUAUGAAAUGACUAGAUUGAAAUUAUUAUGUGAAAAAAGUCUUGUUGAAAAUAUUAAUGUUAAUAAUGCUAUUAAAUGUUUGGUACAUGCAAAUACAUAUGGAUCUGAAACAUUUAUAAAAGCUAUUGUUGAAUUUAUGUCACUUAAUCCAUCGUUGUUGAUAUCAGAUGAAUUUAAACGUUUGAAAGAAAAAGAUCCGAUGUUUUCUAUUAAAAUUUAUGCUGAUGUUUUGGAAAGUAUUGGAUUAACUGAGCUGUAAUUAUUAUUAUUCAAAUCAAUUCAAAUAUUUAUCAUAUAAAAUUAUGAAACUACAUAUUUUUCAGUAAUUAAGAAAUGCUAUUUAAAUGUAUACAAUAAAUUUAAUUUUUACUAUAAAAAAAUAAAAUUCUAGUUUUUUUAUUUAAAUUGGAUUUUAAUUCAUAAAUGAUAUGCUUUUUCUUUUUAUUUAUUAUUUAUUUGAAAUAAUGAAUUAUUAAAUUUUAUAGAUUAUAUUUAAUUAAUUAUAAGAAUUUUUUAAAUUUCAACUUCCAUGUAAAAUCAUAGUUUACUAUUUUUUUUUUUUGGGAAAAUGAUUCAAUUUUUAGAUUUAUAAAUUAAUAGAUAAUUUAAUUGAUAAAAAUAUUUACUUUAUUGAAGAAAAAAAAAAAUUCUUUCAAUUGGAAAAACAAAUUUUUACUAUGAAAUUUUAUUAUUUAUAAAAAAUAAUAAUAAAUUGUUAAAUUUAAAAGAUUUAAUUUAAUGAAUAUCAAUUUUUUUCUUUUAAAUUUAACUUUCAAAAUAAUAUCUCGAUUUUACUAUUUUAAAAAUAAUUGAAAGUUGAAAUAAUUUAAAGUUUAAUUUUAUAAAUUAAUAUAUUAAUUAACUAAUAAGCAAUUUGAAUAAUAAAAAUAUUUACCUUCUUAGAAACAAAAAAAAAAAAGAAUUCAAGUUCCAACUGGAAAAACAGUUUUAUAAUUUUUUAACUUUAUGUAUUUUUUUUUUAAUGAUGAUACAGGUGAAAGACCUCCAUUUCUCCCAACCAUGACGAAUUAAUAAUAAAAAAUAAUUUAUAAAUAAUAAAUAAAAACAAUUUCUAGUAUACGAAAUAUUUAUAUUUAUGAAAUUAGUCUUUCUAUACAAUUUCCAUUCAUUUUAUCUCUUCAUUUCUCUUAAAUUACCUUUUUUUUUUGAAAAAAAAAAAAGAAAAAAAAAAUUAUUAAAAAAAA